AGCGGGGAGAGCAGCUGCAGCGACUGUCCCUGUGCGGGAGAGAGAGAGAGAGAGAGGGAGGGCGGGGGCAGCGACCAGCCUGGAGGAUCCCAGCUGUGCCCGGGCUCACAGGAAGUGCCAAGGACACUGCAUUGCUGGUGAGAACAACAAGUAGUAUCUGCAUUUGCUGCGACAGAUGGUGCUCUUCAUGGAAGACUGCAUACUGGACACAUCCUAGGAUUAUAGAAGAUCCGGGCUUGUCGAGGUGAAGGGUGAAUUCUACAGAGCGCCCCUCCCCCCCCAGCUCUGACUGAAGAGGAUUCUACUGUUCCUCAUGUGUCGCCUGCAGUGCUUGUGACCAGCAAAGUAACAAUGGUGGACAGUGUGUUGCUCAGUUACUGCGUGGUGACUGGAAGCUUUCUGUUUUUCCAGCUGCUGUUUUCUGUCAUAAGCCCCACUUUCUCCUCCAGAUGCUGCAGCACCUACAACCAGCUCACCAGGGCAAAACAGUGUGAAUGGGACUCCAGGGUUGUCUCCACAGUGCAUGCAUUGAUUGUUGGAUCUUUUUGUCUCUACAUAUUAGCUUACGAUGAUGCCGUGAACCUGGACCCCAUAUGGUGUAUAUUCACAUUUGGUGAUUUAGGUAUCUCUUUCCUUCACUAUAGGUGGUUCUUCGAUGCUGUUGGGCUGCCACGUUCCUCCCGGCCUGUCCUGAUCAAUGGCCUGGCAAUGGCUGUCGUCUUUUUCAUCGUUCGAAUUGCCGUCAUUCCAAGCUAUUACUCUCAAGUCUUUGCCACGUUUGGCACAGAAGGUUACAUCAAGCUUGGCACUGGCCCACAGGUGGCGUGGAUUGUCUCCUGUGUCAUUUUGGAUAUUCUCAAUGUCUACUGGAUGUAUAAGAUCGCAGCUGGAUUUUACCGAGUGGUGACAAAAGCCAAACCUGGAGGCAAGCCUAAAAGGAACCAUGCAGAUUGAGAACAUGUGAACUCCCGUAAUGUCCCACCUGGCAAGAGAUAUUCCAGAUUUUUAAACCUUCCUGUGGAAGAAACCACUUCUUGUGAUAUUUUGGAAAAGCCACAUUCUUAGUCCUAGAUUUUUGAAUGUAUAAGCAAGAUGCCUUUUGAGAUCAAUUUUAAUCAGUGUUUUUUAUACUAACCACUAUGCAAAAUUGUGGUACUAAUGUCAAUUACUUGAAUCUGCCUGAAGACAAAUUCUAGAAAUAAAUAAACCUUUCUGUAGGUUUUAAGCUUC